UCCCUGUUGCGCCCUGAUCUCCCUGUUGCGCCCUGAUCUCCCUGUUGCGCCCUGAUCUCCCUGUAGGACAUGAUUCCGGUAAUAAUUUCUCUCCAUUCCUGUCUUCUCUGAGGACGUGAAAUCCUUACUCAGCACUUUAUACUCAGGAACAAUAGGAGAGACAUUGUUGCUAAGUUCCCUGAAUGCGCCUUUUACAGUCAACACAGAAGAUCUGCAGUUUGCAUUUUGUGAAUGGAGAUUACUUAGUAUCCAGGCAACUCCGACCCUGCAGAGAGGAGCACCGGAGACUACCGAGGAGGGGCCACCAUGUGUGUACAUGACUACAGCCGCUCCGCACCUCAUAGACUGAGGAGAUUACCUGAGAUAAGAAUGUCCGUCGGUAUCAGACAUCUGGAUGAUGAAGAACGUGAAUACUUCUUCCCCCAGCAAUUGAAAUUUUGCGCCAAUGAAAAUCUGACCGUGAAAAGAAGCGAAAAUUUCAUGAUUCCGAAGACUGUUUUGGAGCCGAACAUCUGGAAAAAGAAGCCUCCGGACUUCAGCGUCAGGUUGUACAGAUCUCUGAAUUUACCGAGGAGGUCGGAGGAAAACUGCGCGAAGGAAAGGAAGAACGUAAAUCAGAUUCCUACGAAAAACGUGAUGGAGGCCAUGAGAGACGCCCCUCCCCCUGCGCUACAGAAAUCCAAGGAACCCAAGAGAUUCCUUACAAGAUUUAAGCCGCUGGAUCCAUUAGGGGGCAGCAUAAUAUAUGUUAAAGAAGGCCUCUACCCCAAGGAGAAAUACAAGGAUCCCCAACCACACGACUUCAGGCAGUAUCAGACUGGUUUCCCUGAUUUUGCUACAAGUUACUCCCGGGAUCCAUUUAACCUCAAGUUUAAAGCCCAAGUUCUGAAUUCCUCGUGUGACCUCCCCCCCCUAGAAGCCAAGAGGAGCACGGUGAGGGUGAAACGCUUCGUCUUACAUAGGCCUGCCGACCCACAGUGGGACUCUCAGCUGAUCCUGCCCCGGAGCCCCUGGCCGCCCAAGUCCGCGUCAUAUACUGUACCUUCAGUUGGUGCACAUUGAACAGAUGGGGCCCAUACAAAGUCCUGCUCCACAGUAUUACUUGGAAUUGGCUGAAACUCUGAAAUGUCCGCAACAGAUCUCAAGG